UCCAGUUGCUCUGCAUCCCCCAACUCUUCACCAAGCAGAGGGAAAGGAAUCAAGAGGGGAAAAAUACGGAUUGUCAUUCUCAGGGCAGUCAAAGCAUGAACAAGACAGAAUUCAUCACUGUUGCAGGAUUCGCCAUGUCAUUGCUGUUCCACAUGAGCCAAACUGAAGCCUGUCCUCCCUCCUGCAGUUGCAAGUUACUGGGAGAAAUGAAGGGUUUGCAGAUCGACUGCAGCUCAAGGAAGCUGACGGAGGUGCCUGCUCUGCCUGUGGACACGAAGAGGCUUUACCUACAGAACAACAGCCUGACCUCUGUUCCUGCUGGCAUCCUGGACAGCCUGCGCAGCCUGGAGGAAGUAAAAAUAUUUGACAAUCCUUGGAACUGUGACUGUCACAUUGUGUAUCUAAAGCUCUGGUUAGAAGAUGUCUCUGAAUCCUCUCUCGCAAACCUCAGAUGCGCAACCCCAGCCCCCUUGAGGAUGAAGCCCCUGAGGCAGCUCACUGGGAAUGAGCUGGGGAUUUGUAAGAGGCUUCUCCCAAUCAAGUGUCUAGAGUUCUUUUGGCGAGACCUCAUUUUAAUUGUUGGAGCAAUAAUUACACUUACUUUAGUGGCAUGGGCUCUGAAAUUCUCAAAAAAGCUGGUCUGCCAAAUAAACCUGAGCUGAUACGACUCCAGGGGCUGAUCUGGGUAGGCACACCUCCAAAACCCACCGGGUACGAGGAGCUGUUAACUACCACCAGCUUCCACACAACGAUACUACUACAAAAAAAAAGCACGUGCAUUGGUGAACCUGCUGCAACAGAUCCCAGGGCUCGAAGUCCAGGUUCUCAAACAGGCAAAUUGGAUUUAGUGUCCUUUCAAAAAUAAGCUUGGAGAUGUACUGCACAGGCAGGUUUCAUUCUGCUGCUGCCUACCCUUAUGAAAUGGAGUUUCUGGAUUUUAAAAAAGAAUUAUUCACUUUAGCUUUUUUCCACUUAAUUCUCAGCUCUUAAAGCAAAAAGAUUUACAUCCCCAAAUCCUACACAUUUUAAUAUAUAGAGAUGAACAUCAAUGUACUCUUUCAGCAAUUCUUUUCUCACUCAGAAGCGGUCUCAGUCUCUAACCCGCUAACCCCCCCACCAGUGUCCCAAUGGGCAUGGUAGGACCAUUCUUGUGUGCAAACAAAUUCAACUUUCUCUUCUCCAGGGUCAGGAGUUUCCUGCUAGUAAACCCAUCAGGGUCAUACAGGCCACCCAGUGAAUGUAUCCUUUAUUGAAAACAUUUAAAAACAGACUGGUAACAAGAAUAUAAUCAGUAAAAAUAAUUUUAAAUAUUGUUGCAUUUCCUCUAGAGUGAACAAUAAAAAAGCAUUCUAUGUGAAAUUAAAAUAACGGAUGCUUAUUGAACAUUCCUACUCACCUAAGUGUCAUAACU